AAACUUUUAAGAAAACAAUCAUGGCGCUGCCCUACAGUUAUUGUCGACAACUACUAAAACCUCAAAAAUUAGUCAAUGUCAAACAUGUUCUCAGUACAAAAAUAUGUGCAGAAUCGUCAAAUUUGUUUUCUUUCUGGACAAAGACAAGGCCUUCAGAAUUGUACAGAUUUCAGAGAACAGUCAGAAACUUUCAAACAAGACGCAAAUUAGAAGAUGUUAGACCGCAAAAUACAGGAUCCCCAUCUUUGCUGAAACCAUUAGUGUACACAGUUGGAGUGUGUGGGUGUAGUUUUGUUGUGGCAAUGGUGAUGAGCUAUGAAAAGAUGAGAAAAAUCUUCAAAGAUCUUCAUCAAGGGAAUAAAAAGGAAGCUAUAAAAACUCAUCAGAAAACAUUGAGCUUUAGAGAAAAUGCAAAUUCUAUGUGGUCUCAAUUAUCAAACGGUCAGAAGAUGGUAAUGGGAAUUAUAGCAGCAAAUAUAGGUGUGUUUGUCUUGUGGAGAAUACCUAGACUACAAAACUCCAUGAUGAGAUACUUUACAACAGCUAUCACUCAUCCAGUUCCAUCCAUGACCUUGAGCAGCUUCAGCCAUGUUAGUUUUUUACACCUUUGUGUCAACAUGUAUGUGCUCUGGUCAUUUGCAUCAGUCACAGUCAAUCUGAUGGGGCCUGAGCAGUUUGCUGCAUUUUAUAUUAGUGCUGGUACCGUUUCAUCAUUUGCAAGUAUGGCUUGUAACAAGUUGUUGCGACGUCCAAUGGUUGUGUCACUUGGUGCAUCAGGUGCUAUAAUGGCUUUAAUAGGAGCAGUGUGUAUCAAAUUUCCAGAUGCCAGGCUGGGUAUAGCCUUCAUCAGUGACAUUUUCCCUCAUUCAUUUUCUGCAGAUACUGGUAUGAAAGCUAUUUUAGUAUUUGACAUUGCAGGCCUGCUACUAGGCUGGAGAUUCUUAGACCAUGCUGGACAUUUGGGAGGAAUACUGUUUGGCAUAUUGUACACCAAAUAUGGAAAUAGCAGAAUAUGGGGAAAUAGAGAAAGGAUCAUGAGAUGGUGGCAUGAUGUGAGAGGCAAGCCCUGAAAUUUAUUCAAUAAGAACCCACAGUCAGCAAUUUUAGUAUAGUCAUUUAUUUAUACAGAAACUGACCACAAUAAAUAUCCUGUACAAAUAUA